CACCAUGGUAACAACAUCCAGUCGUCUGCACGCUACGUCACUGUUGUGUGUUUUCCGUUGUCCACUUAACAUGCUGCUAAGGGGAGAGCUGUCUUGUUCCCUGUAGUAUAAACGACACAAAACAGAUAAAUGGACCGUGGUUUGAAGCGCCGGCAGGUGAAGCCACUUGCUGCCUCACUGCUGGAUGCCUUGGAUUAUGACAGCUCAGAUGACAGUGACUUUGAAGUUGGCGAUGCCUCAGGGUCAGAUGGAACAGGCAAUGGGAGUGAUGAGGAGGGUUCUAAAGGGAGUGCUGCAGGUUCAGACAGUGACUCUGAUAACAUUGGCUCUGCAGAAGAUGGCAUAGAUGAAGAAGAGGCCAAAGAACUGGCUGCUGAUGACACCUUAACUGAAGAUGAAGAAAAGACCAAACAACAGCCUUCUUCAGACAGCUCUACCAAAGACCCCCCCGCUGCGACCCCACCCAAGAGCCGACGCAAGAGCAAGAAGACUUCAGACACUGAGGCCACUGUGGCUGGCAGCAGUGGGAACGGAUCUACCUCAGCGUCCGGGUCGGGCAGUGUGAACACAGAGGAGGCUCAGGCUGAACCCAAGAAAUGGAAUUUCCGCAGGAACCGUCCUCUUCUGGACUUCACCACCAUGGAGGAGCUAAACGAGAUGGACGACUAUGACAGCGAGGACGACAAUGACUGGAGACCCACGGCUGGAAAGAAGAAAGGAAAGACGGCUGCUCAGAAAGGAGGGACUGAGGAGGAGGAAGGGGGCAGUGCCAGUGAUGACGAUGAUGAUGAUGAUAACGACGAUGAUGACGACGAUGAUGAUGACAAGGAAGAUGGUGACGACAACAACAACAGCAGCAGCGACAGUGAAAAAGAAGUGAAGAAGUCCAAGAAGAAGCCUAAGAGUAGCAGUACUUUUGAUGAGGAGCUGACUAAUGACAGCAUGUCCCAGGGAAAGGGCAAUGAGGAUGCCUUGCUGGACCGAGCCCAAACCUGGAGCUCUCAGCGGAUGGAGCAUAUCCUCAUCUGCUGCGUUUGCUUGGGAGACAACAGCGAGGAUGCAGAUGAGAUCAUCCAGUGUGACAACUGUGGGGUGACUGUGCAUGAAGGCUGCUAUGGUGUUGAUGGUGAGAGCGACUCGAUCAUGAGCUCUGCCUCAGAGAAUUCAACAGAGCCUUGGUUCUGCGAUGCCUGUAAGAACGGUGUGACUCCGAGUUGUGAGCUCUGCCCCAACCAGGACGGCAUCUUCAAAGAGACUGACGCUGGGAGAUGGGUACAUGUGGUUUGUGCACUUUAUGUCCCUGGAGUAGCAUUUGGCGACAUCGAUAAACUGCGACCAGUGACUCUCACAGAGAUGAAUUAUUCAAAAUACGGGGCCAAGGAGUGCAGUUUCUGUGAGGAUGCCCGCUUUGCCAGAACCGGUGUUUGUAUCAGCUGUGAUGCAGGGAUGUGUCGCUCUUACUUCCAUGUCACCUGUGCACAGAGGGAGGGGCUCCUCUCUGAGGCUGCAGCGGAGGAGGAUAUUGCCGACCCAUUCUUUGCCUACUGCAAACAGCACGCAGACCGCUUUGACAGAAAGUGGAAAAGGAAGAACUAUCUGGCCCUACAGUCCUACUGCAAAGUUUCCUUACAGGAGAGAGAGAAACAGCUCGCUCCUGAAGCUCAGGCUCGUAUCACCACCCGCUUGCAGCAGUACCGGGCGAAAGCAGAGUUGUCCAGGAACACCCGACCUCAGGCAUGGGUGCCCCGAGAAAAGCUGCCACGACCCCUGACCUCUAGUGCCUCCGCUAUUAGGAAGCUGAUGAGAAAGGCAGAACUGAUGGGCAUCAGCACUGAUAUCUUCCCUGUGGACACAUCUGACACCAACGCUAGCAUGGACGGACGCAGGAAACACAAGCAGCCUGCCCUCACAGCCGACUUCGUCAAUUACUACCUGGAGCGCAACAUGCGAAUGAUCCAGAUCCAGGACAACAUCUCCGAGCAGAAGAACUUGAAAGACAAGCUGGAGAGCGAGCAGGAAAAGCUGCAUGUGGAGUACAACAAGCUCUGUGAGUCUCUGGAGGAACUGCUGAAUGUCAACGGAGAGCUGAGGAGUGAAGGCCAGGCCAUGUGGACUCUUCUGGGAGGCAUCCUAGGCCAGAAACUGAAUGCUCCAGCUGUGCUGAAAGCCCCCAAGGAGAGGAAGCCUAGUAAGAAGGAGGGAGGAGCCCCAGGGAAGGCAUCCAGCCUCCCAGCCAUCCUCUACAGUUGUGGGAUCUGUAAGAAGAACCAAGACCAGCAUCUGCUGCUGCUCUGUGAUACCUGUAAGCUCUACUAUCACCUGGGCUGCCUUGAACCGCCACUAACACGCAUGCCCAAGAAGACCAAGAACAGCUACUGGCAAUGCUCCGAGUGUGACCAGGCCAGCAGCGACGAGGCAGAUAUCGCCAUGGAGACGCUGCCCGAUGGCACAAAGAGGUCCAGGAGGCAGAUCAAAGGACCAAUUAAAUUCAUCCCGCAGGAGAUGUCGCCAGAGCCCAAGAAACAUCAGAGAACCAGAGGGCAGAAGAGGAAGAGGGUGCCCAUUUGUGAAGACAGAGAGGAUAAAAUCGAGGAACCACCGCCACGGGAGCGCCGGCAGCGCCAGUCUGCAAUGCAGAAGAAACCCAAAGCCGACGACACAAGGACCGAGUGUACAACCUGCAAGGGACCAGGUGACAAUGAAAACCUAGUGAGGUUGUGAGAGCCGGGGCAGCCACCUCAACUCCCAAAAAAACUCGGGACAGAUGACCUUUGGCUUAGAGACAGAGAGAGGCAAAUUGAGGCGUUUGAAGAAUGGCGGUCGGGUCAGGCUGGAGAACGAGAUGCGCCCCCCCUCCCUUCUCCCCCUUGGUCUUCACCUCCCCAACGACCUCUGAACCAAACUGGACCAACAACUUGUCCAAUGAAAAUUGUGUGAAUUGUGUGAAAUCUAAGACAAGGACUCUAAUUGCUUGAGUGUUGCUUUGAGCCAAUAAGGUUUGGUUGUCAGGGAACUCUAAAGCUUGAACACACUGCGAGUAACUUGGUUGAUAGGUCACUCAAUUCUGACUGGCUGAGGGCCAUGCGAGAGGCGGUACUUAGAUUGCAUCUACAAAGUUUUGAGCAGGACAAAUAAACUAUGUAUUUAUACAAAGAAUGUGUUUUUUGCUAAUUUGGUAUAGACUUUGACAUCAGUUUAUUUAAUAUUGUGUUUAUGAGUUGCUAUGAAUUAAUUGCAAACACUUAUUAGGUAAAAUAAUAAUCAAAAGAAAAUAAUAAAAUGACUUCAGAUCAGAGCUCACAGUUGACCCAGUGGUGGAUGCAACCUUUCUCCAAGCAUCAUUUUUAACACAGUUAUUCCUUUAGUCUUUCAAAGGUGCAGAGAACUGGAAAGGUUUGAAUGACUGUAAUCAACUUAUUCAUUUUGCACUUGCCAUGUACAACUAUUGUUCAUGAAACGAACUCACGUUGAUAGGGAAACAAGGAAGCACUGUUGCUGAUUAUGUUACUCGCAGUGUGGAAGCACAGCAAAUGCUAAAAGUGCUAUAAAUGGCAUGAAACUGUUGCACUCUUUUAUGGACUUCCAAGUGUUGUUGUGACCCCUGUGCAUCCUUGGUGGCCAAAUCUCUUGUUCCACUUCUAACUGUAUGAAGGAGGAGCCAGGUUGAUGCUGGACUUUGGACUCACUGGGAAAACAGCAGUGAGCUUUUACUGAGAGAAGUGUAUUCUCCCUUUUCUGUCCUAACCGAAUCCUCUCUAUGUCUCUAGGUGCUCACCCACAUACUACAUAAAACUGUUUUAGCUCUCGUUGGUACCAGGACCACACUUUUCUCUUUUGACCCGCUCAUAAUGCUUCUCAUCUCAGCUAAUCAGUAGUAUUGAUUUAAGCCAUUUCCCACCCAAUCACCCUGUGUAUUUCAACCUAAAUUCCUUUAAUUGCAUAUGCACUUGAACCUAGGCUCUCUCAGUUUCUAGUUUUGUGUUGUGUUUGUUCAGUAACUGGAGGGAAAGAAGUAUUAGGAAACAUCAGUGUUUUGUAUAGAAAAGAUAACCCUUUCUGGUGUAUGACGUGUAGCGGUGCAGUGAUGCUACAAUAAAAUAUCUGUUGAAGAAACAAAAUAGGCUAGUUAACAGUAGUAGUAACUUAAAAUGUUAGUACAAAUGUCUUGAGUGUCUUUAGGCAUAUAGAAGUCUUCCUCUCUCUCUCUCUCCAUAUCUUCAAGUGACAGAUAAACUGACACCUCCUCAGAAAGAAGCCCAGCUUUGUCUCCAUGUCCCUGGUGGCCCAUAGUCAGCGCUGUCAGCACAACAGCUGCUUUCUGGUCUGUCAGGGCUCAUGACAAGUGUCACAUCCUGCCCUCAUAUGUCACUCUGUUGCCCAUCCAGGGCCCUAUAUGCAUGCAUUUGGGAGCAGUCAAACCCACACAGUUUGCUGCUUUUUCCCUUCUGGAAAGUCUGUCCAGGAAUGAAGCCAUGCUGGGUUUUUCUUUGGAGAUGAGGAGAUCCCUGUGCAGAGUGACUCGCUGACUCCUGAUCAGCCCAUUCCCUUCACUCAUGCCCAGUCAGUUUAAAGGACUGCUUGUCAAAGCUCCGGUGCAUGGCUAAAUCUAUUUACCCACAUCUGUACAUUCAUUUUAACCUGAAAUUAAGUGAUGUGCUCUUGUAGAGUUUGAAUGCCAGAUAGCUUCGUAGUGUGAUGAUGUGUACAGUAUUUAUUGAAGAGGUCAGUCAUCUUUUUUUUUUUUUCUUUUUGUGCCUACUUACUUUAUUAUACAGAAUAUCAUAAGCCUUCUUGUGUUGUGAACAGAGCUGAAGUCUUACUUGUGACAUACUCUUUAAAUGACUACCACUGUUUGUUUAUUCACUACACAUUUAUUUGUUUACAGACAUGCCUUUAAGGGAUUAAUUCUGAUUAAUUGUGUAAUGUAUGUAAUGUAUAACUGUGAUAUGAAGUAAGAAUGUGAAUGUUGCUGCUGUUGUGUAUGUGAAGUGUCUCUGGCCCCCUAGCUCUCUAAAAUUAAGCGGAGCUUUAAUAAACUCUUGACUUUUUCACCUUA